AUGUCUGAAAGUGCUAAUGUAAAGCCAUUCGUUUGCAAAUGGGAUACUCAUUCAGAACCACAGCACUUUGAAACCCAGGAGAAACUUAGAAAGCAUAUCGCUGAGCACGACAUCAAUUCUUGCAACAAAUCAUGUUUAAGAGACCCAUUAUAUAUAUGUCCGUGGGAAGGUUGCAAUAAACAACAAAGUGAUAUUAUUAAAUUAGAAGAGCAUUUACGUAGACACACUCAACAAAGACCAUUUAAUUGCCCAAUUUGCAAUGGUUCGCGAUUUGAUUCCCCUGAUACGCUAAUCCGACAUUUGAUUAUCAAACAUAAUGAUUUCGUUUUGGACUCUGACACCGAUGAUUAUACAUUGUAUGAUGAGAAUGAAGAAUUGAAUUUAGGGAAAGUCAAAGAUAAAAACGAUGUUCACGUGAAGAAAGUGGUCAGCAAAGACGAAGCUGCCAUUUUUAUUAAAGAAAACAAUAAAGAUGAAAUCAUACCACUAAGUAAUACCGCAAAAAUAUCUUAUCGUGAUGUUCGAACCAAAGACACAGACGAUUUUAUGACUAAACGUUAUAAACAUGAAAUGGCUUUUUGGGAUUUAUUUAAUAAGGGAAUAGAAGCAAUUUCAUUAUUACCGGAUAGUCAAAUUGAAUAUGAUUCGGAGAAUGAAAACUAUGAUGAUUUAUCCGAUGUGUCACAAGAAGUAUUGUCCGAGUCCGAACAGGACAAACUUAUUUUUGAAACAUUUCGUAAAGUUUAUAAAGAUACAAAGGCUGGUGAAUACUUUGAAAAAGCCUUUGAAAUGUUGGAAAGGGGACCUUGA